UCGUGCGAUACAACUUGUCGAUACAUAAUCGCGAGUUGCGCGCGCAUUUGUUAAGCUGAAGGAUUGUUAAGGUUAACUCGGACUCGUGACGUACAUACGCGCACAGUGUUGUUCGCGUCUCUAGCGUUAAUUGUUUUUUCCAUUACUUGUUACUGCUCGCUAUCACGUUCGGCGAUAACAAUUGGAAAAUUCGCUCGCGUGACCAACGUGUGCGAGACGUUUGCAGCCACGAAAAACUAAAUCAACGCUCGCAGCGGUCUCCGAGAUCGGAGAGUCUGCCAACAACCGUGUCCACACAGCUGUCUGCAUAGCGAUCGGAAUUUUAUUCGCGAUAAGUGAGUGAUAAACGCGUGUUUCAAUGUGAUUCACCAGCAAUAUGAUGCCCGUUAACGCAGCGCUGAGAGCAUCGGAUAUCGAUAGGACGUAGAACGGUGAUUUCUUCUUCUGGCGUUUGCAUCUUAGCCAUAACAAAAUCAAGAGCGUAACGAAACUAGACAGCAACAGUCGAUAGAAACCGACUGAAUAAAAGUAAUUAUUAUAAGCAUAUCGGUGCUGCAUGUGGGUACCCAGUUGCACGCGUAUCCAUCGCGUGCAGUUAGAUUUAACUGUACUGGCUCACAACAUGAGGGUGCAGAAUAUUUAUCAAGUCGAUGGUCCGAUAUUCCCAAUGCUGUUGGAACGUCCAUCAUGAAUUUUUCAUGUUCAAUAUUUAGCCAAUAAAUGCUAAAUAUUGAUAAAUAUAAAUGUAAUGAUAUUGCGCGCGACAAAAAAACCGGUUAAUAAAAUUCACAUUAGAUUGUUGCCGACAUGUCUGUACGUCGGAAGAGUGAACCGUUUAUGACUCAGCGAGUGUGGGACACGAUCAAAGUCGCGGUGCAUCAGAGAAGCUUACCCAGUAACGAACGUAUGGUACGGCACCUGGCACGUGUCUACGGCUUCACGGAGCAACAGGCUCAAGAAGAACUCAACAAGGCGGUCGAGGACGGCCUCGUCCUGCUGAAAAAAGUACCCACGAAAAACGGCGUCGAGCAGGAGAGCUACAGAUUGCCACCGGUGGACGUGUCGGAGAAUCACGACAAUCACGAUUGGUACUGCUGCAAAUGUCAGCGAGCAGGUGCGGUCGAAUGCUGCGAACAGUGUCACCGGGUUUACCACUCGGAGUGUCACGUGCCCAGCCACGUUAAAUUAAAGAUCUGCAACUUUUGCGAGAAGAUAAACAGCGACACAUAUCCCGACAAGGUCGACCUCAAUCACAUUCUCCGUUUCACGUGCGGCCACCUGAAAGCGAAAUUACCACCGGAGAUUACGAAUCGUACCAUUGUCUUCAACAAUGCCCCAAUCGUCACACCAGCCAAUGGCUAUUCCGGUCCUACUUGGGUGAGCGAGGGCGAAGACGCGUGGCGGCCGGGUGUUCUCGUAAAACACCACAUGGAUCUGGCAAUAAUGGACACGAAGACCAGCAACAAUGAGUAUAAGAAUCUCGCCGAGUUCGAAGCCGACGCGCACAACAUUCUACAUAAUAUCAUAGUGUAUCACGGAGUAGAUCACAGCGUAAUAGGAGAAAUGGGCCACACAAUGUAUCAAGACUGUUGUUACGACCUCCAAGAGAUUCGCCGUUGCGCGGAUUGUUAUCGUAUAUCGAACGAGAAAUCCGAGAAAAUGUGGUUCUGCAUACCGUGCAAUCCUCCUCAUCAGUUGGUUUAUGCAAAGCAAAAGGGAUAUCCAUAUUGGCCCGCGAAAGUUAUGCAGGUCAACGGCAACGUAUAUGACGUACGUUUCUUCGGUGGUCAUCAUAUGAGAGCCAACAUCGAGAAAGUCUUUAUACGGCCGAUCUCUGCCACGUUACAAAGUUUGCAGCCUUCGGAGAAAGGAAAGUGGAAAGAAAUGAAGAUAAAGAAAUCAACGGCUUGGAACCGGGCCUUUGAAGAGUUGAAGCAUCAUCAACAUUUGCUGCAAAAGCUGAGCAAGAUUAAGGAGGAUUCCAACACUGCGGAUGGUCCCCUGCCUGCGAAAAUACGGAAGUUGGAGUCGUCGAGCUCAAAGAGCACGUCGCAAGGUUCGAAUUUGCCAAAUCAGCUGAUCAAAGAUUUGAGAGUGAGGGUCGAGCGUCUAAGUUCGGACAGCAAUAGUGAAACGCAGAUGACAAACGACGAGCCGGAUAAUAAAGAGCACUCGGUUUCGAAAACCGAGAAUGCGGAGAAUGCGGAGAAUGAGGAGAAUGAGGAGAGGCAGGUGCCGCAUUUACCCGUAGCGGAGGACGAGCCCGCUCGCGAAAUAACGAGCACGUGUCCGCUGGGUUUAAAGAAGGAAGGUUCGCAGGAGGACAUGGUCACGUCCAGUUGUCAAGAACCGAGGUCGAAGUGCGUCCUCGUGCAAACCGAACAGAUACAAACCGACGGACUCCCCGCCAAGAUCAAAAGAGAACGCAGAACUUCGGAGCAACCAACAACGACGGCGCUGGAAAAAUUACGCCGUGAGUUGGAGCUGGAAAAGUGCAGGGAACUGGAAAGACUGCAGGCGGAACAUGCCAAAGAGUUGCGACAAUUGACCGACAGACAUCAACAGAUCGUGUCUGACAUCAAAAAGAAGCAAUGGUGUUACAAUUGCGAGGCUGAAGCGAUAUAUCAUUGUUGCUGGAAUACCGCGUACUGUAGCACAGAUUGCCAACAGGUUCAUUGGCAGCGUGAACAUAAAAGAGUGUGCAGGCGUAAGCGUUAAUUCACGCGACGAGUGUGACGAGUACAAUAAUUAGCCUCAAGGAAGAAGAGUCCAAGCAAAAGAAGAUAAAACUUGUUCUCGUAUACACACGUGUACGUGUGUAUAUAAUAUAUACGAUACAUAUAUGUGAAUGCAUAUAUACAGAGUGUCCUAGAACUAUCGCAGUCGUUCUAGAGGUAAAGCUGAGAAGCGUAUCACUAUUAUUUCGUCUAUUACUAUUGCUUAAAAUAAAAUAUUAAUUUCGUCAUUUGCUUCAUCGAUAUUCUAGAGAAUUUUACGAAAUAAAUUUCAGGUGCAAGGGGGUAAGUAAUAAAGAGUCGGUUAAAUUUGUCUGAUGUCAGGCUGAUUAAAGGCAUAUUAUAUGCAAGUAAAAGCACAGUGCAUCUGGGGGUAGACUGUAUAUAUACAUGUAUUAAAGCACUUUGACAUUUUAUAUAUAUAUAUAUAUAUUCUUGACACCAAUUCAAUAUAUGCCUUUAUAAACCUUCCUAUAGUGGAAGAACUGUUAUGUGUAUACACAAAUAAAGUUUUUGGCAAAGACUGUUCUUACUUGUAUCGGGCGACAUAACACGCUAGUUUUUAAAUAAUAAUAAUUUUAUAUGUCUCUUGAUAUUUGGCAAAUUUCACAUUAAUCAGUUUAUAUACACGGAAUAACUCAUAAUAAUAAUUAUAACUUUUUUUGUUAAUCUUUUAAACUUGUUACUUUAUUGGAUAUGACAAAUUUUUGAUUCUUAAUGUAACAUGAGUAAUGAACUUUAAUGGCAACUAUGUGUAUGUGUCUCAGUAUGAACAAAUGUACAUUGUUACCGGAUUAUUGAUUAUAAGUUAUUGAUGAAAA